GAACCUCACAGAGGAGGUGGGAGACAAAAUGGUGGGUUACCAGGGCUCCUACACGCUUGGUGCUCGAGCUGUGGCUCUCUCAGUGGUGGACGUGGCUCCUGGACAGUUUAGCAGCCUGAGCUUUGGAGUUCUUUCUGAUUGGUCCGGCAACAAGCCUGAGAUUUUUAUUAACAGGUAUCCGUCAGACGGCACGGUGGCUUUCAUUUCCCUGCCGUCUGUCCUGCAGGACAACUUCCCACAAAAUGCCCUGAGCCAGAACCAACCUAGAAUCCAGUUUCAGUUCUACGCCAACCCACUACUCUUUAAGUAUCAGGUGAAUGAACAGGAGCCUUUCCUCAGCACCUUUGUGGUGUCAGCCAGUGUGUCCAACGCCAGCUCACCAAUUAAAGACCUUCAUGAAGAAGUUAAAGUCAUGCUCCACCAUCUGCAGUCUGGCCCGCAUGACAGACAAAUGCAGUGUGUGUACUGGAACUUCAAUAAAAACAACGGACACGGGGGCUGGGAUGAUCACGGCUGCCGAAAAUAUAACAGCACCCCUGAUUACACCACAUGUCUCUGCGAUCAUCUCACACACUUUGGAGUUCUUCUGGACGUGUCCCGGACUCAGCUGGACCCGCUCCAUGAACAGAUCCUGACUAUCAUCACGUAUGUUGGCUGCGGCGUCUCCUCCCUGUUCUUAGGAAUCACCAUUCUGACGUACAUGGCCUUUGAAAAGCUUCGUAGAGACUACCCCUCUCAGAUCCUCAUAAACCUCUCUUUGGCCCUGCUGGGAUUGAACCUGAUGUUUCUGGUCAACUCCUGGUUGUCCUCCUGGAGUGUUUACGGUCUCUGUGUGGCAGCAGCCUCCCUGCUGCACUACUUCCUCCUAGCAUCUUUCACCUGGAUGGGAUUAGAGGCUGUCAACAUGUACUUUGCCCUGGUUAAAGUCUUCAACGUCUAUGUUCCUUCGUAUAUCCUCAAGUUUUGUGCUCUGGGAUGGGGUAUUCCUCUGCUGAUCUGCAUCGUGGUUCUCGUUGUGAAUCGGGAUGCAUACGGUAGUUUCUCUGGGAACGCUGAGCACACUUUCCAACCUUUGGACAACUCUGAUAACUUCUGCUGGCUUCAAGAUAAUGUGACGUAUUAUGCGUCUGUGGUUGCCUACGCUGGGUUGAUCUUUCUCUUCAACAUCGGGGUCUUUGUGGUGGUUCUGAUUCAGAUCCGCCGCAUGCGGCUCAACAGCCCGGCCGGGACCCGGAGAGGGGUGCUGCAGGACCUGAAGGGAGCCGCCAGUCUCACCUUCUUACUCGGGCUAACAUGGACUGUAGGUUUCUUUACCUGGGCACCAGCAAGGGUAGUUCUGCUGUACCUGUUCGCCGGACUCAACACCCUGCAAGGACUUUUUGUCUUCCUGUUCCACUGUCUGAUGAAGGAGAAUGUGAGAAAACAGUGGAGGAUUCAUCUUUGCUUUGGCCGAUUUCGACUUGAGGAGCACUCUGAGUGGAGCAAUUCAGCAUCAGUUCGAGUACUUGCGAAGCCCAAAGAGAAGUUUUUAAGAGCAGCGAUUCCAUCUGUCCGUUCUGUCAAGUCCAACUCCACAGACAGUACUUCAGCCUCUUCCGACUCCAGCCAGAGAGACUCACCCUGCAGGAGGCCAAACCUUGAUCUUCUUGUGCACAGCCUGGUUCUUCCUCGAGCCCAGACCGGAGCCCCAGAUACAGAAUCUCUGAACCCGACAUCUGGAUAAACGACCAGCCACAGCAAUAAAACAACCACCCAAAGUGCUAACCUGCACACAUCCCAUCAUUUAGUCGCAUCUCUCUGACAGAGGAAACAGAUGUAAGCAGUGCACACAGCAUCGGCUUCAUUAGCUAAUUUUUCCACACGGUUCUAUUGUUAGUUUUGUUUCCGCUAAAUAUUGUAAAAGAGCCUGUAAUUUCAAAGAGAGGAGCGGUUGCAUCAGUACCAAGGAGGAGUUGGUUGCCAAGCAACUGGUGAGUGGAGUGAUGGUGACAAUGAACUGUGAAACAUUUUGUGUAAAAGAAAAAUGAUAAUAAAAUCCAAAAUUUAAGGUGACAGGUUUGGCCCCUAUUUGUUUAUUGCUCAAUUUUUAAACGUUUUGAUCAUUUCUCAGUUGCUUUAUGCACAAAAUUUGUCAGUGGAGAUUUUUAGGGCAGAUUUGUUCUUGUGUAAAAUCUGACACCUUUUGUUUGAUUAGCAUAUGGUGGUUUUCAGAUACUCAUUUUAAUGAUUUCCCCCCUCUGAACGGUAUUUUAACCACUGUCUCUG